CAGUGGGAACCCAGCAGUGGGUCCCAAUCCUCCUCACUAUAUAUACACCCAUACUCUCAAUCCCUCUUCCCCAUUCGAAACCCAAAACACUAACAAAGCGCACUACCACAAACAGGGUCUCUUUGUUUCUUCUUCCCUUCUUAUUAACCAGCUCUCCCUCAUUUGUUUUAACAUCUCUCGCCUACUUUUCUUCCCACACAAAGUUAGAUAUGUGUAACCCCAAGCCCUCUUCUCCAUCCUCAUUCCUUUCUCCUAUGAAAGCCCAUUUCAUGAGUCUCAACAAAACCAUGGAUCUUCACACUGAUGAUGAAGAAGAACAGCAACUCCAUAGGUGGCCAACUCCUUCCGAGGCCCUGGAAGAAAUCAAAGCCAUAGGCAAAAUCUCUGGCCCAACUGCUGUCACUGGUCUACUCUUAUAUUCAAGGGCAAUGAUCUCCAUGCUUUUCCUGGGCUAUCUAGGUGAGCUUGAGCUUGCGGGUGGGUCACUCUCCAUCGGCUUCGCAAACAUCACCGGCUACUCUGUCAUCUCUGGGCUGGCCAUGGGAAUGGAACCCAUUUGUGGACAAGCUUAUGGCGCAAAGCAAUGGAAGCUUCUUGGCUUAACUUUGCAAAGGACAGUGCUUCUCCUCCUCUCCACCUCCAUCCCCAUCUCCUUCAUGUGGCUCAACAUGAAGAGAAUCCUCUCCUGGUGCGGACAAGAUGAAGAAAUCUCAUCCAUGGCUCAUACUUUUAUUAUUUUUUCUAUUCCAGAUCUCUUCUUCCUUUCAAUACUCCACCCGCUUCGGAUAUAUCUCAGGACUCAAAGCAUCACAUUACCGUUGACUUACUGCUCAGCCAUCUCUGUUCUACUCCACGUCCCGCUGAAUUUCCUUCUAGUAGUCCACUUUAAGUUGGGUAUUGCAGGAGUGGCCAUAGCCAUGGUAUGGACUAACCUCAAUCUCUUCCUCUUACUGAUUUCCUUUAUAUUCUUCUCCGGGGUAUACAAGGGCUCAUGGGUUGCCCCCAGCAUAGACUGCCUCCGCGGGUGGUCGUCUUUACUUGCGCUUGCCGUGCCAACUUGUAUCUCAGUUUGCCUCGAGUGGUGGUGGUAUGAAUUCAUGAUAAUGUUGUGUGGACUUUUAGCCAAUCCAAAAGCAACCAUUGCUUCAAUGGGAAUCCUAAUCCAAACAACCUCUCUAGUCUAUGUCUUCCCAUCGGCUCUAAGCCUUGGAGUUUCCACUAGAGUUGGGAACGAGCUGGGUGCCAACCGGCCAGCCAAAGCCCGCAUUUGCAUGAUUGUUUCUCUCUUUUGCGCAGUGGCUUUGGGCCUUGCAGCCAUGUUGUUCACGACUUUAAUGAGGCACCAAUGGGGCCGGUUUUUUACGAACGAUGCGGAAGUCCUAGAGCUCACUGCCGUGGCAUUACCCAUAGCCGGCCUAUGUGAGCUGGGGAACUGCCCACAAACUACUGGUUGUGGCGUUUUGAGAGGAAGUGCAAGGCCUACUGAAGGAGCAAACAUCAAUUUGGGGUCCUUUUACUUGGUGGGCAUGCCAGUUGCUAUCAUCAUGGGGUUUGUUGCCAAAAUGGGGUUUGCCGGCCUCUGGCUGGGCUUGCUUGCAGCACAGACCUCUUGUGCCUUUCUUAUGCUUUACGUGCUCUGUCGAACAGAUUGGGUGGUUCAAGUUAAGAGAGCCAGGGACCUUACUCAAACUUCUUCAACUCUUGCUAUUCCUUCCUUACCAGUAUCAUCAGCUUCUGCUUCUGCUUCAGAUUCCAUCACUAGAGGCCCCAAAAGGACUGAUCUUGAGGAGGUCUUGUGCAUCACUGAUGAUUUUGUUAAGUCAGCUUCACUUGAAACAGACCCUCUCAUACCUCCUCGCAUUGUACAUUAAUCAGAGAGUUUAUCCCCCCAUUUUUUUUCUCCAAUUGAAGAGCUGUUAUGGACAUCAUUCAUUAAAAUUCCACUGGCAGUGGUACUACUGUCAACUGUGGAAGAGAGUUUUCCCCCCACUUCGCUACCUCCACCUUUUUUUCCGUUUUUUCUUUUCUUCUUUUUUAUUUUGAUUUUGAUUUUUUACAUUUUCUCCUUUAACAUCAUGUUGUCUGUAUAAUAUUGUCGAAUAGAAUAUAUAAUAAAUACUAAUAUUAGUUCCCCAUACUGGCAUUGAAGAGAG